UCUGCAGAGUCUUUUCAAUUUUUGGCCGGUGCCUUCAAUGAAGCGCCUGGCGUGCAGAUGUACUAGGUGGUGCCACCAGGUCUAUGUUGGCCUUCCAGCACUUAGGCCGUUUUCGUGCGUGCCCUCCGCAUCGGCAGUGCGAACAUCGCACAGUUUCACUCCGGGGUCAAUUUUGCCAGGCACAGUUGAGGUGUCAAAGCAAAGAUUUGAGGAGCUUUUGGAGUCAGAGAUGGUGCAUUUUGCUAGGGCUCUACGUCCACAUCCAAUGACGCUCCAACAAAUUCUCCACCUCACCGAUCCCACUGCACUGCGGACAUUUCUUUUGGAGGAGCUACCCAUUAGGUAUGCUCGGCGCGUACAGCUUGUUGAGUCUCUUCCCAACUGGAAGAGCUACCCAUCCAUGCGAAUGAUUCGCUCAUUGUAUGCGGAUGCAUUUCGCCGUCUUCGAGCUUUGACCCAAGAUGACAAGGACAGCUUUCGAAGUACCCUGCAAGACAUCAAGAGAAGGAAUGCCAAUAUGUUGUUUCACGUGGUGAAGGGUGCCCGAGCAGUGCGAACCAACAAGUCUUUCACUGAUGAGCAGGUGAACCGUUUUCUCGAUGAGUUCCUCACUGCGCGCAUUGGGACAGACAUUCUGUCGUCUCAAUACUUGUCCAUUACAAGGCCCGACUCGCCCACGUCAAUCAUCAAUCCAGAGUGUGAUCCGGUGGCAGUGGUACGUGCAGCCGCUAAUGAUGCAGCAACUCUUUGCAGGCAUCACUAUGGCUGGAGUCCACCGAUCGAUAUUGUAGAUGUCGGGCAGGUUCGCUUUCCAUUUAUCUCGCAGUACCUGAAUUACAUCAUGUUUGAACUGCUCAAGAAUUCGCUCCGAGCUGUAGUUGAGAGGUAUGGUUCAAGGCAAGUGGCCGAGGCAUACCCAAUUCGUGUUGUGAUUUGUGGUGAUGAUGACACCGUAGUGCUGAGGGUGUCCGACUGCGGUGGAGGCAUUCCCUUGGAUGACAUGGACCAGGUGUGGUCAUAUAUGUUCACCACGGCUAGGCCAGCAUGCGAGGAGGUGGCAGCUGCAAAUGCCUGCAGCGAGCCGGAGGAUGAAGAUUCCGACGAUGAUGGUGUGGCGCCAUUGGCUGGCUUCGGCUGCGGCUUGCCACUGAGCAGGAACUAUGCGUGCUAUGUUGGUGGAUGGUUAGAGCUGAAUUCAAUUCCCGAGUUUGGCACAGACGCGUACUUGUACUUGAAUCGUUCCGGGAAUGGCCAAGAGGCUUUGAGAACUGAUGUCGAUGCGUUGCCGAUGCGUGGCUCACUGCUGAAUGGUAGCUACAACGGUAGCUCUUGCGAUUCAAGUGGCAUUUUGCUGGCUACCGAAUAGUGAGUGC